UAGUUUGUUUUGUUUUUAUUUUGUUUUGAAAUCGAGUUGAAGAGAAAGACGAUAAUUAAAUUGUUAUUGUUCGAGUACUGAUAAAUAAUUAGAUAAAAUUAUGCAAAUGGAGUUCAUUCCCUCAUUGUUUAGUUAAGUACGUGACAAAAAGUUAAUAGAAACAUGGAAAAUGGGGAGAACGAUCCACGAAGACCGCUUUUAGGUGGCCCGUCAGGUCGGCGGUCCAAGUUCGGUCUGGCGCUGCGCGGCGCGGCGCGGCGGCUCUGCAGCAGCGGGUCUUGGCGCCGCCGCCUGCCCAUCUCCAUCUGGCUGCCCAACUAUAGCCUCGCCUUCUUGCUGCAAGAUGCUAUCGCUGGAAUAACGGUGGGACUGACUUCGAUCCCGCAAGGCAUCGCUUAUGCCAUCAUAGCGGGAGUGCCUCCACAGGUGGGUCUCUACUCCAGCUCGUUCCCCGGCCUAGUGUACGUGAUAUUCGGCAGCUGCUCCGUGGUGACCGUCGGCCCGACCGCCAUCUUGGCCGCCCUGCUGUCGAAGUACGUCGCCUACAAUGUCGACUUCGCCUACUUGGCGGCGUUUCUGUCCGGCUGUGUGAUUCUGCUGUUGGGCGUUCUGCAGUUGGGUUUCCUUCUAGAUUUCAUAUCGAAGCCUGUGAUCAGCGGAUUCACGACGGCAGCGGCUUUACAGAUAGCUGCGGCACAGCUCAAGUCCUUGUUUAGGAUUUCAGGUAAAUCGGGAAACACAUUUAUAGAUGCCAUAAAGAACUUUAUUAAAAACAUUGAAACCGUCCAGCUAUGGGACACAGUUCUCGGUUUCUGCACUAUAAUAGCUCUUCUGAUACUAAAAAAAGCCACGCCCACUGCUCCGCCAGCCAAUGAUACGUCUUCCCGCGCAUGCGUAGUGAAGACUUGGCAAUACAUAGUCAGGGCACGCAACGCAUUAGUGGUGGCUGUGGGGGCUGUUGUUGCAUACUGCUUCUAUUUGCAUCAGUAUGUACCUUUCGCCUUGACUGGUAAAAUAGAAGGUGGUUUGCCGCGCUUCGGCCCGCCACCCUUCACGACCACGGUCGGGAAUCAAACCCUGGGCUUCGAGGACAUGCUGUCGGUGUUCGGCCCCGAGGGACUCGUCAUGCCUCUAGUCGCCAUCUUGGAAAGUAUCGCCAUUGCUAAGGCUUUUGCGGGCACCUCCUCAGUGGACAACAGCCAGGAGAUGAUCGCGGUGGGCAUGUGCAACCUGCUGGCGUCGUUCUGCCAGAGCAUGCCGGCGACCGGCUCGUUCACGCGGACCGCGCUCAACCACGCGAGCGGGGUCGCCACGCCGGCCGGCUCGUUCUUUAAAGCGACACUAGUCCUCCUAUCAGUGACGCUGAUGUCCCGCACGUUCUACUUCAUCCCGCGCGCGACGCUGGCCGGCGUCAUCGUGGUCGCCAUGGCGUCGCUCAUGGACCUCGCCAUCGUGCGCCAACUGUGGAGGAAUAGCAAGCUGGAGCUGCUAGUGUACCUAGCCACGGUGGCGACGGGGCUGGGCGCGGGGCUCGAGUACGGCAUCCUGGCGGGCGCGGCGGCCGACGUGCUGCGCCUGCUGCUGCGCGCCGCGCGCCCCACGCUCCCGCACCGCCGCUACCAGGUGGGCAACCAAGAAUGCUUAAGCCUGUUACUAGUGGGACACCUGUCGUAUUCCUGCUCGGAAUACAUGACGGAGAAAAUCAAGAAGUAUGUUCUAGCACAACCCAUGUGCGUAAUAUUAGACGGCAGACAUCUGUAUUCCAUUGAUAUUGGGGUGGCUGAGAAUAUAAUAUCUGUGAUACUAGACGUAGAGAAGUCGGGGCAUCGGGUCUUGUUCUGGAACUUCGCUCCAGACUUGCAGAAGUUGAUAGAAGAUCUGAACCCUAGCUUCAGUAAGAAGUUCGUGACCGGAUCUAGUAUAGAUCAACAUAUUUUAGCUAAUAUCAGUUGGAUUUAAGAUAUUUGCAUUGGCUUCAACUAUUUUGCGGAUUUAUGCCUACAGAUAUUACUUGCGUCUUAUUUCAUUUAUCAUGGUACGGAUGGACAGUUAAAUACUUUAAUAACUAGUUAAUCGAAGACAGUGAUAUGAUAUUGAUUAUUGUGAUAGAUUGUCAACAAUGUGAUAUAGUUCGUAUAAUGGUAGGUGCGUUUUCGAUUUGGCGACGCUGAUUGGUCGACGAGAAGUCAUGCAUGAUUGUGAUUGGUUGGUUGAUUAGUAAAAUAAAUUAAAGUCAGCAAUCUUAGUAGGUAGCAUACAUAAUAAUAUAUGUAUCUUGACAGAUUUAAGAUUAAUUAAUUCAAUUGAAUUUUAAUUUUUAAUAAAGUUAUGGUUGGGAAUUACAUCUACAGGGUGUUACAAAAAGGGUACCUAUAGUAAACCGAAACCUACAUGUGCAGCAUGUUAGUAGUUAGUAUACCCUUGUUACAACACCCUGUAUAUCAGUGAAUUAACGGUCAAUACAGUAAUACAAUUUUACCCUGUAUUCUUAAGGAUAUUUGUGUUACCUAUGCGUUUAUACAAAUCAAUUGUAGUUGUGUUAUAUCUGCUGUUUUAGACACAACAAAUCCUCUAAUAUUUCAAAUUCAGAUGGUACUCGUAGUGCGUGAAUAUAAUUUAGUAUAAUAAGUAAUAAUAAUUAUACAGUAUGACUAUAUACAUAAAUUUAUAAUAAUUUAAUUUGUUAUGUUUUUGUAAGAUAAAAUAUUUAUUUACAUACCUAAGAAUACAUGUUUUAUAUUUUUUAUCGCUCUAUACCUCUGUUUAAAUGUAUAAUUACUUACCAAAGUUUAUUAUUAAACCGAUAUCUAAAAUAAUAAAUCUCA